UAGGGGCCUAGUUGAAAUAUUUUUCAUGUGUAAACUAUAUUGUAUACAAUGUACAGAAAAAUAAACUAGUUUAUUCGUUGGAUCAAUCUAACUAUUCAUACUAUUAUUCAAGAAAAUCAGAAAGCUGAAGACGUUUUAACACUUGUACAAUACUGAGUUUGCCAAAGUGAAGUGUACAACAUCAGAGGACCAUGAACCAGUGGAGGAGGAAAUUCUGACUCAUCUCUUAUGUGUACCAGAAGUCAUUGCUGUACUUGGAACAUCAUCGAAAUAGCAGCUUGCUGUUCGUUUCUGAACAGUUGGACAUAAAAAGGAUACUUCAACAGCUGAAUCUGAGAAUAUGAGCCUUUUGACAUUUAGUUCCUGGAUGCUGGAUGUGCAUGUAUGUUCGAGGAAUAGGAGUGUUUUAAGCUACUUGUUAUACCCAGACAUUCUUGCUAUAAAUAUGUACUAUAAAUAAAUUGUGUAAAAAAUCUCCCAAGAACUUUCAGCCAAAGAAUUUGUGCAUUUACCAUUAGUGUUUGUGAUUUAAGCUAUACGGGUAUGUUGUACAAGUAUGUUCGUACUGUAACCAUGCACUGAAAACAGAUUUUGUAUAGAAUCUUUCAAAGACUUUUAGCCAAAGAUUUGUAGUAUUUUUCAUCAGUGUUUGUGUUCAUUCCCAGCAGAUGUCCUGUGACCAUUAUGCCUCCUCACGACAAACGUCCGGUAGCCAUCAUUGUGAAAUCAAUUUUUUUUGGUCUUGUUCUCCUUUUAGGCACUGUUUUAAUAGAUUUCCAGGUAUUAGCCAGUACUCAGUAUUCCAAUAGCAAUGAUUCCAUGUACACUGCUAAUACUACAAAUAUUUAUGAUGCAAAGAACAUAUCAAAUGUCACAGAUUUUAUUAACACAAGAAACGUUUAUAAUGCAACAAACGUUUCAUCACCUUCUAGUGCAGAACCUGAAGACAUCUCAAGGUCAACAUCAAGUUCAUUGACCAGUUCUGUACAAGCAUCCCAAACAUCACAUAAAUCCAUGCCUCGAAACAAAACCGAUCACUGGGAGCAGACGUAUGACGUGGCAUCAUGGCUGCUCAAGAAUGGUGGUAAAGUAAAUCUGGCCAUAAUCCCACUGCUUGCUUUCCUGAUCUUUAUAGCCGUUGUUUGCGUGAAGCUCUAUUCAUGGUUCCACUAAAGUUAUCGCUCAAAGCACAGAAAUGCCUAUGUCACGACACAUUUCUCAGAGUACACACAGACUUGGGGUGCGUUCCUUUUGUAACGGAAAUGGGUUUGAAUUAUAUAAGUGAUGUAAGGGAAAUAACUAUUUGUAUAAGUCUGUUAUGUCAUUAUGUUAUUAUGUUAUUGUUAGGUAAUUAAAGUUGGUUAGAGUAAUUAACUAACUGGAUUAAUGUUAAGUUUAUAAAUGGUAGUUAUUAGUGGGGAAAAUAAUUAGGUUGGGUUUGGUCUUGAAUUAUUAGCUGUUAAUUAUUGGUUUUAAAUUAUUUAUAGUCUAGACACCACCAUUGAGUUUUGUAUUAAGGAGUAUAUUAAGUUUAGCUUAGAGGGUUUAGUUUGGCAUACUGAUUCGCUUCUCGGCCUUUUGGUCAUAGUAGUGAGUUUGUUUGGGUUUAGGCGCUCUACACUAAAUCUAAAAUAAAUAAAAUUACUUAUUAGACCCCCAGCUUAUCCCGUUCCAACCAGUGGAAAUGCUGUCUGCCGAAACGAUGGAAAGAGAGACAACUCCUGCCAGCUCCAGUCCCAGUACCAGCGGUGGUGAGUACGCCAAGCCUCUGUUCCUAAACGCUCCGGGCUUCACCCCACCCCUGUCAGGGGAGAUCUGCCGGGCACUAGGCCCCAUCGUCCAUCACCUUCUGGCUGUUGUCCCUAAGGGGCGCAACACCUGGGAGUUGCAUGUUGACUCACAGGAGAUAAGAGACAGACUAGAACUACAGGGCCUUAGUAUAAGAGACAGGUGUCUAGACAUAGGCCCACGCUUCCCAGGAGGCACGUGGGUGCGGAUCAGGGGUCUGCCACUCACUGUAGCGAAUAUCUACGUUGACCAAAUUCUGCAGAGCUACGGCUCCAUAGUUGUGAAAACGGACCACGCCACGUGGAGAAAUACUCACGUGAAAACCGGCGAACGCAGCCUUAAAAUCGAGCUCGUGAGAGACAUACCUAGCCGGCUGAAGACAGCAGCUCACGAGUGGUUCACUGUCAAGUACAGGAAUCAGCCGGAGCUCUGUUUUAGUUGUGGCAAACCCGACCACCACCAGUGGGACUGCCCUGACAGACAGAUAUCCUUCUCGGAUAUUGUAAGAGGAGGGGACCUAGAAAAGGUCGUAGCAGUAGGUGAGUUAAACCCUACCUCUACCCCAGACGCUGACGAGGAAAGCGCUGAUUUAGUCAUCAGCACCGACCCCCAGGAAGAAAUAGAGAAGGUGGAGAGAGAGAUCAAAGAGAGGAUAGAAAGGUUGAGAAAAGAGAAGAAGAAGGAAAAAGCGAGGAAGAGAGAAAGGAAAGGGAAAAGGAAAAGGAAAGAAAGAGAGAUCUUUCUUCGUCGGACGGCACUACGCCGGAGAAGGCAUGUCAUAUGCUCCCCCAGGCCCAACCCCCUCCAGAUCCAAGGGCCAGAAGGCCUCCAAAACUUAGGUUUUGGGAACCCCCCCCCCCCCCCUUCUGUUUUCAACCACCCCCCGACCCGGACUGGACACGGACACCGAGAAUGACAACGAUUUAAACCUAGCUAUGGUAAACGGAACGGACCCGCCCCUGGACUCCCCCACCCCUUUCGCUAUGCGACCAGGAAAAAAAGUGUGUUUCUUUGUGAUGUGUGUUUUUGUUGUGUUCGCCUCUGUGUUUGUUUUCAACCGUGAAAUGUUCUGUGUUUUCGUGUAUUCGCAUGGAGAUGUGCUCACCCGUGUUUCUGUGUUAUUCGAUGGAGUUGUGUCGUGUGCACCCGUGUGUGCCUUGUGUGCGACGGAGUGGACUCAGUCUUGCAUGCCUUUUUUCACUGCAAAAAAAACAAACUUUUUAUUAAACAAAUUGAACCUAUCUUUAAAAAACUCUUAGGCAAUAAAUUCCGUUUAAACCCAUAUGCCAUGAUUUUUGGCAUUAAAUACAAACUUGGUAAUUAUGCAUCGCAGCUAGGAAUUUUUCUCUGGAGCAAAGCAAUAAGGGUAAUAUGGACAACUAGAAAACUAUUAGAGGGAAAUAAGCCAUGUAAUGAAAUGGCACUUUUUAAACACUUGGUUUACUCAAGGGUGGAAACAGAAUAUUUUGCCGCCUUAGAGCGGCCAGACAGAAAAGAAAAAUUCCUUAAACACUGGUGUAUCGAAGAGGUCAUUGCCUCGUGCAAUGACGCCUUCGACAUUACUUAUAAACUAUGAGAAAUAAUGACUAAGUGCACAAAAAUGUAGAAAAACAGACUUGGACCCCCCCGGCUUGUAGCUUUGGGGGCCAGGUCCGCAAACCAGGUUAAUUUCUUGUAAAUAAUUAUUAAAGCAAUACACACUAAUUAUAGUAAAAGAUACAAAAAACACAAGCACGCACUAAAUAAACUGUAUUUAUUAUAAUACAAGCACAAAUAUAUUUAUGUACAUCCUUAUUUUAAUAUUCAAUGAGAACCUGGUUGAUUGUAAAUAGGUAGGAAUUUGAAAAAUAAAUGGGGUACCCGGCAUGUCCGGUGCUGCCUGAAACUGAAAAAAAAA